AAAGAAGAUAUAUUCACCCAGCUGGACUGGCUCUAGCUUGUGGGUACCUACUUGAGGCUUUGUUGCAGUCACAAAAGUCUGCGAAGGCUGAUUUCUAGCAGAAGCGCAGUUCUAAGUCUCCCAGUCCCCCGAGGCUGACAUGCCUCAUCUGCCUCCACCAUGAACGCGGUAGAUGGCUCCGAGCAUUAUGAGGUUGGUGCUAAAGUCGCCUCACCUUCUCUUCUGGUCAUUGUGCUAGACACCAAUCCCCACGCCUGGGCACUCCUCAAAUCCACACUUCCUCUCUCGAAAGCGAUUUCAAACCUCCUCGUCUUCAUAAAUGCCCACCUAGCAUUCAAUAAUGCAAAUCAAGUUGCUGUAGUAGCAUCUCACAGCCACCGCGCAGCAUGGCUAUAUCCUAGUGCCCCCUCCACCUCCGAAGACGUCGAAAUGACCGAUAGAACGGCCUCGAAUCUCGACAAUGCUAACAAAUACCGCCCCUUCGCCCUCAUAGAAGACACUCUUCUCACAUCUCUCCGCGAGCUCAUAGCUUCUACAACGGAAAGCGAUGUACGGACAACGACGACAACACAAAUGGCUGGGGCUCUCACUCUGGCAUUAUCAUACAUCAAUAAAGCAUCUGCAGCCUACUCUGGCAUAUCGACGGAAGACAAGCCUGUAGGCCCAAACGCGGAGACUGCAGAUGUCGUCGGUUUGCAAAGCCGUAUCCUCGUAAUAUCAGUAUCAGGAGAUCUGGCACACCAAUACAUUCCAAUAAUGAACACUACAUUUGCAGCGCAGCGGCUACGGAUCCCUAUCGAUAUUCUAAAACUCGCGGGAGAUACUGUCUUCCUACAGCAAGCAUCAGAUACUACCAAAGGAGUUUAUAUGCAGCUACGGAACCCAGAGGGUCUGUUGCAGUAUCUGAUGAUGGCAUUUCUGCCAGAUCAAAUGGCGAGGAAGCAUCUAGUUGCUCCAACGCAGGAGGUGGUAGAUUUCAGAGCUGCUUGUUUCUGCCAUAGACGGGUGGUGGAUGUAGGAUUUGUGUGUAGUAUAUGUUUGAGCAUUUUUUGCUCGCCUCCAGAAGGAGCAAUUUGCUUGACUUGCUCUACACAUCUCACGCUGGGUGAUUAUGGUGCAAAGCCAGCAGUCAUACCUCGGAAGAAGAAGAAAAAGAAGAGGAUAAACGGAGUAGAGACUGGAAGUGCCAGGGGAACUCCGGCACCUGGAGAAUAAACGUAUUGUGUUGGGAUAAACAUUACACAGGCAAAACAAUUGCCUUCCAUUUUUCAAUAUGGUUAUCCAGGCAGAAUGUCUGCCACCAACCAUUUCACAUUUAAUUGAUCCCCU